ACAUGGCACAGAGACUGCACUUAAGUGACAUAACUUGUUGCUUGUCAUUAAUAACUGUGUAGCUAAAUAACUGUUUUUUUUUAAUUCCUGUCAAGAGUUCUGUAGUAUGAAAGUUUAACCUGAUAAUGUCUACAAAAGUACGUCAGAUAAUAGCUAAGAAGGUGCAGCGUGGUAUUUCUGGCAUGAAAAUUGGCUCCUCUGUCCCUGAGUUGAGAAAACUUACUGAUCACCUAAUAACCUUCUUGAAGGUAAACCCAAAGGUAGCAACACUACAGGCUCCAUGCAACAACACUUCUGCUCAAGGCUGCUUUCGUUUUGAUGUCUCACUGAAAAAACUAAACUAUGCCCUCAUUUCUAACCCUCCCUGUGAAUCUCAUCAGAGAUCUAAAGUUUGUGAAUUGCAAGACCUUGGCUCUUCUCUUGUACAUAAAAUAGAGACUGAUGACACGCUCUUGUCUGCCUAUGUCCACCCUCACCCAAACGAUGAUGACAUGCUACUUUCUCUUACAGUACCGGCUGGGGAGCCGUGCUGCGAGGUGCUUCAAAAUGUGCUCAAACAGCCUUCAAAUUUCUGGCAUCAGAGCGAUCUGUUGAGCCUCAUCCCCAAGCAAAGUGUGGUGGUUGAGUUCAGCUCACCAAACAUUGCAAAACCUUUUCAUGUUGGGCACCUUCGGUCCACAAUCUUGGGUGGCUGUCUGAGCCGCAUGCAUGCAGCGCUUGGUCACCACGUCAUCAGACUCAACUACCUGGGUGACUGGGGCACUCAGUUCGGUCUCCUUAAGUAUGGUUGUGACGCUCGAUCCAUCACCCGCUCAGACCUUCUAGAAGACCCCAUUAAGAAGCUAUAUGAAGUCUAUGUGUGGGCAAACAAGCAGGCAGAGACAGACCCCAACGUCCACGCAGAGGCAUCUCAAUUAUUUUCUAGAAUGGAACAUGGCGAUGAACAGGCGCUGGAGCAGUGGAGAUUCUUCAGAGACAUCUCUGUAAAAGAUCUGAAUAAAACAUACAAGCGUCUAGGUAUCAGCUUUGACGAGUAUCACGGCGAGAGCGACUACCCAGCCGCCAGUUGUGCAGCGAUACUGCGGCAGAUGGAGGACUGCGGUCUCCUUGAACUGCACGAGGACGGUCGUAAAAUGUACGAGUUUACCCCCGGCCGCAAAGUCACGGUCGUUAAGAGCGACGGCUCGAGCAUCUACCUCUCCCGAGACAUCGCGGCUGCUGUAGAUCGCUACCAAAAGUUCGGGUUCGACCAUCACUACUACGUCGUGGACAUGACUCAAAUAGACCACUUCAGAGCGCUCUUCAGUGCCCUUACGGCGCUGCAGUAUCCCUGGGCUCGCCGGAUGCGACACGUACGAUUCGGUCGUAUUAAAGGCCUAAGCAGCCGCAAGGGCUCGACGUUAUUCCUGAGCGACCUCCUCGAUGACGGACGCAAGCUGAUGAUGAAGCAACAAACUCAAACAAGCACGACGUUGGUGAGCGGAAACGACGCCGUGGCAGCGGCUGACGCUCUAGCGCUGUCAGCCAUCGUCGUGGCAGACCUCAGGCAGCGGCGGCACAGGGACUACGACUUCUCCUGGCAGGCAGCACUUAGGAGCACCGGAGACACGGGGGUGCGGCUGCAGUACACGCACUGCAGGCUGGUGCAGCUGGAGCAGAACUGCGGCGUAGCGCUCAAUCUCGACGCACAGUUGCAGAGCCUUGCUUCAGAGCCCGCGGCCCUCGCCUGUGUUGCGCUUAUUGCUAAGUACGAGGAAAUACUUUAUGAGUUCCACGAAAGUCUCGAGCCCUACAUCCUGGUCUCCUACCUUUUCAAGUUAAGCCACAGCAUCAAUAAAGCGCUUUACAAGCUCAAGGUGCGUGAUGCUCCUCGCGACGUGGCGGAAGCCAGACUGGCACUGUUCGUUGCAGCGCGCCACACCCUGGCUGCCGGACUAACCUUACUGGGACUUCAGCCUCUCGACAAAAUGUGAUUGACGGACUCAGCGACUUCUGAUCCGUGAAACUAUGCUAGAUGGCUCCGAAUCCAUGAAGAAUUUACAGUAAUUGUGAAAUUUAUGCGUGUAAAAUCCCGGGAUCGAAAUCCUACAAUGGAAGGCCAUAGGUACUAUAGAUUCUUGAAUCUUAUACCUAAACCCCUGUCCUCGUGUUUCAUUCUUCAAUUUGGCAAUUAGACUUCCCUUUUUUGAGUAUUUAUGUUUAUUUUGCCUAAAAGGCAGACAAAUGUUUGAGAAUCUCGAAUGUGUAGCAGCACUACUGAUGGCUGCUUUUGUCACUUGCAAAUACGGUUUGAUAUCUUGAAUAAAUUUCAUGGUGAAAUAAAUUUAUAAUACUAAUCACCUAUGGUUGCGAGAUUAAAUGUUGAAAAAAUUACCAUGUAUUGUGGAUGGUUUCUUAGUACUAUCAACGUUUCAUGCUUCAUGAUCUUCCUUACUAAUCUCACCGUGAAAGCAAUGAAACCGUGCAGGGAUUAUUUAUAUAUGUGAACAUGUACAUACUCGGUUGUUGAAUUUUGUACUGAUCUCAAUAGAAAUGUUCAACCUUUU